CACUCCGUAGAAGCGAUAGUGAAAAUGGAAUUUUAGAUGUGGUAAUUUUUUGUUUCUUUGCAGCACUCAAGUUAUCCCAAUUACACAGGCUGAAAUGAACACGAAUCGCUCAAUAAGAAAAAGUGAAUCGGGACUAAGUUCCGACAUUUCAGGCCAACCGUAUUGCGUCUCAGUGUUGAAAGAGGGCUACUGCACAGCUGAAUCAGACGGGACGUUUAGAGCUGACGGCACUAUCUCUUUAAUUACCGGACCACAGACUAUUCUGGUAGACACCGGAGGUCCAUGGGAUCGAGACUUUCUGGUCGCAAAACUGAAGGAGAAGGGUCUGACACCAGAUAAUGUUGCUACAGUAGUCGGAACCCACGGUCACUCUGACCACGUGGGAAACUUGGGGUUGUUUCCAAACGCCAAAAUAAUCGUGGGAUGUGACAUAAGCGUGGGGGAUCGAUAUCUGCCCAACCAGCUCGCUGAGGGAGAGCCAUACCCUAUUGAUGAUUUUGUAUCCGUCAUUCCCACGCCUGGCCACAUGGGUCGAGAUGUCAGUGUCCUGGUGAAGGGAACAUCAGAGGGGACGGUCCUUGUCGCUGGAGACUUGUUUGAACGUUGCCAUGAUGAAGAUUCAUGGAAGGAGCUGAGCGAGAAUCCUCAGAUACAAGAGACCAACCGACAGAUGGCGCUGCAGAUGGCUGAUGUGAUCAUUCCCGGACACGGGCCAUUAUUUAGGGUCCACAGGGAAUAAUGGCAUUGACGCACUCCUGGACUUGAGUUGUUGAGCAAUUAUGAAACCUUGAUCACAAAGAACACAUUCAUUUAUAUCACCAGUCUGACGCAGGGAUUUUAAAAUUGCACCUUGGUGUUGACACUGUACAGCUACUGUAGAUGUGAAAUGAGAGCACUUCAUUUAUCAGUGUUGACCAUUCAUACUUCAGUCUUAGUUUUUCAGUUGAGUGCUCAAGGCAGUGACACACUUGCUUGGGUUAUUUUUAGGCUUAUCUUGUUUUUAGAUCAUGUGACAAUAGAUGGCUAUGGAAGAUAUGAUUGUAACUCAGCAGUAAGUGAGGUUAAAGAUGGGACUUUGACUAAAAUAAUCUGGGGAUGUACAUUUUAUGUGUGGCAUCUUAAUGCUUUGUAUAGGGUUAAUACAAAAUGAAACCUUUUGGGGAAAAAAGGCUACUGUUGUGAAUUUUUUGUACUUUUAAACCGUUACGUACAGUCACAAUAGGCAAUUAUAUAAAGUUAUCAAGAGUAGCAACAUGCAAUCUAAGACAUUUGCAUGAUUUUUAAUAUUUUUUUGUGUGACCUAAAUGUUAAAUCAUUGCUUCAUGCUAAAGCUGUUUGCCAUGGCUUGUCAAAAUAUAUGCUUUAUGAUUAUUUUGUCAAUAUAAAU